AUGGCUCCCACUGAAAGCAACAAGCGUCUGGCUCUGGCCAUCGUCGACUUCCUCGGAUCUAGCCUUAAGGACGGCACCCUGACCGCUGAUGAUGCCGAAUCCAUCGAGAUUGCCCAGUCCUGCAUUGCCGAUACAUUUAAGGUUGACCCGACCGAUGAGGCUGCCGUGAAGGAGGCCGUCGGCGGACAAUCUCUUGCCAACAUUUACAGCGUCUAUGAGAAGCUGCGCAACAAGUCCACUCCCCAGGCCUCCAGCGCCGGCGCCCAGCAGUCCCAGGAUGACAAGCCCAAGGCCGGCGCACCCACUCCCGAGUCCGACAAGUUGAAGUCCGAGGGUAAUGCCCUCAUGUCCCGCAAGGACUACACCGGUGCCAUUGAGCAAUACACCAAGGCCCUGGAGAUUGCCCCAGCCAACCCUAUCUACUUGUCCAACCGCGCUGCUGCAUACUCUGCCUCUUCCCAGCACGAAAAGGCUGCUGAGGAUGCUGAGCUGGCUGUUGCCGCUGACCCCACGUACUCCAAAGCCUGGAGCCGUCUGGGUCUCGCCCGCUACGAGAUUGGUGAUUUCCACGCUGCAAAGGAGGCUUACGAGAAGGGUAUCGAGGCUGAGGGCAACGGUGGCAGUGAAGCCAUGAAGCGCGGCCUGGAAACCUCCCAGCGCAAGAUCGAUGAGGCUAGCCGCGGUACUGAGCCCCCUUCUGAGGAACUGGAUACUGCCCCUGGUGCCUCCCGUGGUGGUGGCGGUAUGCCCGAUCUGUCAUCUCUCGCCGGCAUGUUCGGUGGCGGUGGUGGCGGUAUGCCGGACAUGAGCUCUUUGAUGAGCAACCCCAUGUUCGCUAGCAUGGCCCAGAACCUCAUGAGCAACCCUGAUAUGCUCGGUAACUUGAUGAGCAACCCGCGCCUCCGUCAAAUGGCCGAGGGUCUUGGACAAGGUGGUGGUGGCGGUAUGCCCGAUAUGUCCAGCCUUAUGAGCGACCCCAGCAUUGCCGAAAUGGCCCGUAACAUGAUGGGUGGAGCUGGACGCGGUGCCGGUGGCCAGCAGUAA